GUUUGUUCAAACGAUGCAAAUAAUCGUGGUCGUGUUCGCCGGAAUGGACAAAGUCUGCAGUGAAACAUGGCGUCACUGGAAAGUACACAGCUACGGAGUCUAGAAACUUCACCUCAGUAAAAACAACCAACCACACGAGCGACUGACGACGACACUGAACAACACAACUUCUAGACAUGCCCCGGAAAAAGCCAUUUAGCAACAAGCAGAAGAAGAAACAGUUGCAAGUCAAACGGGAGCGAAAGCGAGGUGACACGGGCUCGGGGCCAAGUAGCCGGAAUGCUAGCGUGGAGCGAGGGCGAAAUAGGCAGUCAGACACGUCGGAUAGCGAGACCACCGACAUCCGCAGGGUAAACCAGCAGCCCUCCGGCCGAGAUGGCAGGCAUGAUCCCAAUAGGUUUCGUCUUCACUUUGAAAAGGAAAGCAAAGAUGAAGUGGAGAAGCGGAAGAAGAUGGCCCAGGAAAAGAUCCUGCUACCUGUCUCAGACAAACAACUGGAGAUCGGCAUCGAGGACAUCUACCCACCAGAAAGAGGGCUAGGCUUCCCACGACGGCCGCCCUGGAACUACGAAAUGAGCCGAGCAGACUUGCUGAGGAAAGAGGAGAAGUCGUACAAGCAGUACCUGGAUGACAUGCAUUCCAGAAAUCCACCUGGAUCCCUCAGCCAUUUUGAGCACAACCUAGAGACAUGGAGGCAGUUGUGGCGAGUGUUAGAGAUGUCAGAUGUCGUCCUGCUCAUCGUGGACAUCAGGCACCCGGUGUUGCAGUUCCCCCCCGAGGUAUACCGCUACAUUACCAACGAGCUCAAGAAGCACGUGGUGCUGGUGCUGAAUAAAGUGGACCUGUGUCCACCCCCACUCGUGAUCGCAUGGAAACACUACAUGACCUCACACUUCCCGCAGCUGCAUAUCGUCUGCUUCACCUCCCACCGGGGACAGGCCUACAGCACAGUACUCCAGAAAAAGCGCAUGAGGCGGAAGGCUGACUGGAGUCACGCUGGAGGUCCCACAGAGAUCCUGAAGGCCUGUCAAGAGAUCACAGCAGGACGAGUCGACCUGUCCAGCUGGGAGCAGAAGAUCCAGGCAAACGCUGCUGCAGACCUACAGGACGGCGAGGGGCUGGACGAUGAGACCGAGUCGGUGUUGGUGGAGCAUCAGAGCGAUAGCGCCCUGGAGAUGAGUAACCCAAGGCACGAGCUCUACAAGGAUGGCAUUCUCACUCUCGGUUGCAUUGGCUUCCCAAAUGUUGGCAAGUCAUCCGUUAUCAAUAGCCUAGUUGGCAGGAAGGUGGUGAGUGUGUCACGGACCCCAGGCCACACCAAAUACUUCCAGACCUACUACCUCACCCCCACUGUCAAACUCUGCGACUGCCCCGGCCUCGUCUUCCCCUCCUGUGUGGAUAAACAGUUACAGAUUCUGGCCGGCAUUUACCCGGUGUCACAGCUGCAGGAGCCCUACAGCUCUGUGGGUUAUCUGUGCGAGAGGACCCUCUACCUCUCAGUACUGAAGCUCAAACAUCCUAAUUUAGAAGACGUUAACACCCAGCAAGGAGACCAAGUUUCAGUGGAGUCCCCCUGGACUGCCUGGGAUGUUUGCGAGGCAUGGGCUGAGAGGAGAGGCUACAAGACUGCAAAAGCGGCCCGUAAUGACGUCUACCGGGCGGCUAACAGCCUCCUGAGGUUAGCCACUGACGGCCGCCUGUGCCUUUGCCUCAGACCACGUGGCUACAGCUGCUUGCGAGAGCACUGGGAAAGUCACACCGACAUCCUGGAGAUCCUGGCCCUGCAAGGACGCACAUCGGAGGAGGACGCCACGGGAAAGAGGGACGACGAAGAGGACGGCGAGUCCAGCACCGAGCCCGAGGAAGAGAGAGACAGGGACGCGGACGACGACGACGACGGUGACGAAGAUGAGGGCUUUAGAAAGCCUAGGCAAAAGGGAGAGACGACAUCCAGCUUGGCCAUCAACAUGUUUCAUGUCCUCCGGGAGAAUGAAUGUGAGUGAAGGGAAGAACUUAUCCUGAUGUUUCCCGCCCGAACUCUUUCAUUCGUGUUUCUUCUCCCCCGGCCCCUCAAGAUGCAUUCCUUCUCGUGCGGUGACCUUUUCCAAUAUAUUACAUGUACGAUAAGGCUGCCAUGAUUAGUUUUUUUUUAAUUUCUCAGAACUCUUAAGCAAGAUUGUCACCUGAGGAGGCAAGUCAGCAUGCCUGCUGAUUAUACCAUGAGAUAUCAUGGCUCCUGUACUUCAACAAAGCCACUAAAUGGCAUAACGCAUAAUACUGAACAAAAGCAGCUAUGGGCUUCUCAUCUCAAUUAUUUCAUUAAUACAUAUUGGAUAAGGUAUGGUAGCCAAAGCUCAACGAAUCAUAUUGAAAGGGGGAAAAACAUAAUUUCCUGAUGUUUGCACACUUGCGCCCCUAAUAGAGAACAUAUUUUUCUAUUCCAUGGUGUGCCUCAGCUCUGCCCGUUCAUGCACAAAGCUUUCUUCUUGAUGUC